AUGGGCUCGGCAGGGGCAGCUGCAGGGGAAGCAUCCGCCGAGGUAGAAGAAGUAGCGCCCAUGUCCAAAUGGGAGGUGGGCUGUGGAGAAUCCAACGGAGCAACUUCAAAGCUCGGGGAGGCCGAGGGACCAGGUGCGGCCGAAGGAGAGUCAGGCUGGGCAACAUCCAGCUCAUCAUGGUCGGGAAGGACGGGCACUGUAUCCUCAUCAUAG